GCUCUACAUAGGUUGUCCUUGCACGCACCAAGCUCUUCUUCUUCCUUUCACUUACCUUUCUCUUUCGGCUUUUCCUUCUGCUCUUCUCACUUUUAUUGGAUGCCAUAACAAUUGGUGAAAGUUCAAUGGAUACUGUAUGGUGAAACACUAUGGACAUUUUCAACAUGUAAUGCUUGAGGAGAAAGAGCUUUCAUUUUUGCUGAUUAAUGGCGUUGAUUUUGGAGCUAUUGGCCAAGAUAAUACUCUUGGUGACGAAGCCUUUCUCUCUCCUUAAACUGGCAUUCUGGUUUGGUAUCAAAAUCGCAUUAACUGUCAUAUAUACUUGGACGGAGUUGAUCAGCACUACUAUUAGCUUCUAUGUAGACAUAGUAUUAAGUGUUAUCACAUGGACAUUUGGGCUUAUUUCCCUGCCUGCAAGAACAGUGAAUGUCUUUCAAAAGGAGAAGCAGGUUUUGUUUUCAUUUGAUCCAAUGGGGGUUAUGCUGUUAUUGCAGCUAGAACAAAAACUACACGAAAUACAGAUAGAGCUGGAGAAUCUGGUGAGGGAGAAGAAAGAACUUCAAGAACAUUUUCAAAUGGCUGUCAAAGAGCGCAGAAUGGUGGAGAUACUAUUGGCAGAGAUUGAAGAGGAACAUGAUAUGGCCAUUGCCAAAAUUGAAAAGUUAGAGGGAAAGUUGCGGGAUCAGAGAAAUGAAAAUCUUCGGCUGAAAGAAAUUCGAGGAAAGGGCUCCAGAGAUCAAAACAAAAGUGAGAAAUUCCAAAAGAUUUCCCUCCAAGAUCUUCUAACGAGCAAAGAUAAUGGGGAAGAUGAGAGCAAAACAAGAAGUGAGGUUCUUAAACUAUUGAAAACCGGUUCAAAGGAUGUUGUAGAAACGAUGGAAACACUAGCACUCGACCAUCAUCGAGACAUUGCUCUGUCACAAUCACUUUUCACUGCCCUUAUGUCACUUGUGGUCGGAGUGACUGUGUGGGAAGCUGAGGAUCCUUGCAUGCCUCUUGUGGUGGCUCUCUUUGCCGUAGUAGGCAUGUCCUUGAAGAGUGUGGUUCAGUUUUUCUCCUCCAUUAGAAACAAACCUGCUUCUGAUGUUGUUGCACUUUUAAGCUUCAAUUUGUUUAUUCUUGGCACUCUAUCCUACCCUACCUUACCUAAGGUUGCUCGCAUGCUGGCACCACUAGUUUUGCGUCUUAUGGAUCAACCAUGAACCGGUUUCAUCUCUUUUUCUUUAUGUGCAGUGUAAUCUGAAUUUUAAGUUCUUUUUUACUGUGGUGUGCGUCACUGCUUGUACAACCUGAGGAAUAUCUGUUAUUUGGUGUGUCUGUGUUGAGAUAUAGAUAUUCUGUUUUCUCAGUUUCCAGCUAGGAAACCAGAUUUUGUGUUAUUUACCAUUUUUCAGAGCUCACAAAAAGUUGUUCUUUACAGCAUAAAUUAA